AUGCUUUCUGCAACGAAACAAUCAUUUAGAACUUUGCAGAUAAGAACUAUGUCUACGAAUGUUAAGCACUAUGAUUAUCUCGUGAUCGGGGGCGGUUCAGGAGGCGUUGCCUCCGCAAGAAGAGCUGCAUCUUAUGGUGCAAAAACUUUGAUAAUUGAAGCUAAAGCCCUUGGUGGUACUUGUGUUAAUGUGGGUUGUGUUCCUAAGAAGGUCAUGUGGUAUGCUUCUGACCUGGCCACUAGAGUUUCCCAUGCGAAGGAGUAUGGAUUGUAUCAGAAUCUUCCCUUAGAUAAAAAGCACUUAACUUUUAAUUGGCCAGAAUUCAAACAGAAAAGGGAUGCCUAUGUUCACAGAUUGAAUGGUAUAUACCAGAAGAAUUUAGAUAAAGAAAAGGUUGAUGUUGUCUUUGGAUGGGCUAGAUUCAAUAAAGAUGGUAACAUUGAAGUGCAAAAAAGGGAUAAUACAACCGAAGUUUACUCGGCUGAUCAUAUUUUAGUGGCGACCGGUGGUAAGGCCAUUUUCCCAGAACACAUCCCAGGUUUCGAAUUAGGUACUGACUCAGAUGGGUUCUUCAGAUUAGAAGAACAGCCCAAGAAAGUUGUCGUUGCUGGUGCCGGUUAUAUUGGUAUUGAGCUAGCAGGUGUUUUCCAUGGCUUAGGGUCCGAAACGCAUCUAGUUAUUAGAGGUGAAACCGUCUUGAGAAAAUUUGACGAGUGCAUUCAAAACACAAUUACUGAUCAUUACGUGAACGAAGGCAUCAAUGUUCAUAAAUUAUCCAAAAUCGUUAAGGUGGAAAAAAAUAAGGAAACAAACAAGCUGAAAAUACAGAUGAAUGAUUCCGAGUACGUUGACGACGUUGACGAAUUGAUUUGGACAAUCGGACGGAAGUCUCAUUUAGGUAUGGGUACAGAAAAUGUAGGUAUUAAGCUGAAUUCCCAUGAUCAAAUCAUCGCUGAUGAAUAUCAAAAUACCAAUGUUGCUCAUAUUUAUUCUCUAGGUGAUGUUGUUGGUAAAGUAGAAUUGACCCCUGUUGCUAUUGCUGCAGGAAGAAAGUUAUCUAAUAGACUGUUUGGCCCAGAAAAAUUCCGCAAUGAUAAAUUAGAUUACGAAAACGUCCCCAGUGUAAUUUUUUCACAUCCAGAGGCAGGUUCCAUUGGCAUUUCUGAAAAGGAGGCUAUUGAAAAGUACGGUAAAGAGAAUAUCAGAGUUUACAAUUCUAAGUUUACGGCCAUGUAUUAUGCCAUGCUGAGUGAAAAAUCACCCACAAGAUAUAAGAUCGUUUGUGCUGGGCCAAACGAAAAAGUGGUCGGUCUGCACAUUGUCGGAGAUUCCUCCGCAGAAAUCUUGCAAGGAUUUGGUGUUGCCAUAAAGAUGGGUGCUACUAAGGCUGAUUUCGAUAAUUGUGUCGCCAUUCAUCCAACCAGCGCAGAAGAAUUGGUUACUAUGAGGUGA